AUGUCGUCUGUAAAGGUAGCCGUUAGAGUUCGUCCAUUCAACGAAAGAGAAAAAGAAAGAAAUGCAGAAUUAAUUGUUGAUAUGAAUGGUAAUUCAACAGUUUUAACCAGACCAUCAGCAUUAAGAGUUAACCCAACAGCACCACCAACAGCAGAAGAUGAAAAAUCAUUUACAUUUGAUCACAGUUAUUGGUCUUUUAAUCAAAGUGAUCCACAUUUUGCAUCACAAGCUACAGUAUAUAACGAUUUAGGUAAAGAGGUUUUAAAGAAUGCAUGGGAAGGCUUUAAUUGUUCAAUUUUUGCAUACGGUCAAACUGGUUCAGGCAAAAGUUACAGUAUGCUUGGUUAUAAUGAAGAUAAAGGUAUUAUUCCAUUGGUUUGCGAGGAAAUGUUUGAACGUAUUAAUGCGACACCUGCAAGUUCAACUGAACAAACUGUUUUUAAAGUAGAGGUAUCCUUUAUGGAGAUUUAUAAUGAAAAAGUUAAAGAUUUAUUAAACCCAAAAAAUAAUAAACCAGGUGGUCUCAAAGUUAGAAAUAAUCCAUCAACCGGUCCAUAUGUUGAAGAUCUAUCAAAAUUGGCAGUUAAAAGUUUUGCAGAAAUUGAUAUGUUAAUGGAUGAGGGUACAAAGGCAAGAACUGUUGCAUCAACCAAUAUGAAUGCAACAUCAAGUCGUAGUCAUGCAGUUUUUACAAUUGUAUUUACCCAAAGUAAAAUUGAUAGAUCAAGAGGUACAGCAAUUGAUAGAGUUAGUAAAAUUAGUUUAGUAGAUUUAGCUGGUAGUGAAAGAGCAAAUAGUACAGGUGCAACUGGUGUACGUUUAAAGGAAGGUGCCAACAUCAAUAAAUCAUUAUCGACUUUAGGUAAAGUUAUUUCUGCAUUAGCAGAAAAUUCAACAGGAAAAAAAGCAGUAUUUGUACCAUAUCGUGAUUCAGUUCUUACUUAUUUAUUAAAGGAAAGUUUGGGUGGUAAUUCUAAAACCAUUAUGAUUGCUGCUAUUAGUCCAGCUGAUAUUAAUUUCGAAGAAACUUUAUCAACUCUUCGUUAUGCUGAUAGUGCCAAAAAGAUUAAAACUGUUGCUGUUGUUAAUGAAGAUCCACAAUCAAAAUUAAUUAGAGAAUUACAAAACGAAGUUGAAAGAUUAAAACAAUUAAUGUUAAAUGGUGGUACUGCUAUUUCACACGAUUCGAAAUUAAUAAACUCAGAAUAUGAUGAUGGAUUAGUAUCAACAUUAACAGACAAAAUUGAACAAUAUGAAAAAUUAAUGGCAGAAUUAAAUAAAUCAUGGGAAGAAAAAUUAUCAGAGGCUGAAACAAUUAGAGAAGAUAGAAUGGCAGCAUUAAAAGAUAUGGGUAUAGCUAUUAAAGUCGUUUCAUCAAUUCCACAUCUUAUUAAUUUAAAUGAAGACCCUUUAAUGUCAGAAUCAUUAAUUUAUUAUGUUAAGGAGGGUUUAACCAGAAUCGGAAGAUCAGAUGCUGAAAUCCCACAAAAUGUUAUUUUAAAUGGUUUAAAUAUUCACAAAGAGCAUUGUAUUUUAGAGAAUAAAAAUGGUAUUGUAACAAUUUCACCACCUCCACAGUAUUCAUCAGAUAAUGCAACCAAUAGUAAUAACAAUAGCGAUAAAGAAAUUAAAUCACCCGCAUCUGAUUCAUCUGUUUCUUCAACAACAAGUGAAAAGCCACCAAGAUCAUAUAUUUAUGUUAAUGGUGCAGAAAUUUCAAAACCAACCGUUUUAACUACAGGUAAUCGUGUUAUUUUGGGUAAUAAUCAUAUCUUUAGAUACAACAAUCCAGAAGAAGCCGCAAAGAUUGCUAAAGAAAGACAAGGUGACAUUAAAAGCGAUAGAAUCGGCGUAGAAAAUGCUGAUCAAAUUAUUGACUACGAUUUUGCUCUCAAUGAAUUGGCAUCAAUUCAAGGUACAUUGGCUAUGACCAAACAUAUUAGCGAUAAGCAAGAAUAUAAAAAGCAAAUGAGAGCACUUUACGAUCAAAUUAGAUUACAAUUAGAAAACGAAGAAUUUGACCCAGAAAUUAAAGAGAAGAGAGACAAAUUAGCACUUUUAGCAAUUAGAAAAUGGAGAUCAAAAGUUCAUCGUACAAAGCUUUUGAAUAAAAUUUCAUUCAUCAUUCUUUCUUUAAAUGAAGCUAAUGCCAUCUCUGCCACCCUUAAUAAACAUAUCAGCCUUUCACUUAAACUUUAUUCAGUAUUCCCAGACUCAGACUCUAUUUCCGAUAAUGCAGAACCUGAAAUCGACUGGAGAAAUACUCAAAUUCUUAUUAAAGCUAUAAAUACAAAUACUGGUGAAAGUACCUUAAUGACCGAUCAAGAUUUUGUUGACAGAAUCUAUGCAAUGAGAGAACUUUAUCAAAACGAUGGCAAUUUAGACAAUGAUCAACUCGAAGACCCAUACCAUUUCACUUUUACAAAAGAUUCAUUGAUUGGUGUUUCCCAUGUUUAUUUAAAGAAUACUCCUUAUCUUGUUGAAAGCAACAGACCAGUUCCAAUAUUAGAUGCCAAUGGUAAAGAAAAAGGUUAUCUCAAUUUAUUAGUUUCAUCAUCAUCUACUGAUAUCACCGAUGAAGAAAGAGGACAAUAUUUAGAAGACCCAAUUGAAAACAAAACAUUAUUGUAUGGAAAGAAUUUAGAAAUUACAGUUGGUUUUGAAGGUUUUAAAGAUUUUAUCGAGGAAAAUAGAUAUGAUGACGUUUUCAUUAAAUUCUCAUUCCCAAACGAAAAUGGUACUCUUGACACCUAUACCACCGAUCCUCAAUCUGCUAUUUCAUUUAUUGACGAAAAGAAAAUCGUUAUCAAGUCACUCAAUGAAGAACUUGUUCACCAUUUACAAACUCAAUAUGUUUCUUUAGAAAUUAGAGGUACAAAGAAAUUAAAGAAUAACAUUUCAUCAGCCACCAACGAUCAACUUAUGAAACCAACUCCAAUGUUUGAAAACUUUGAAUUUUUAGCCACUUUAAAUAUUUUAGAAUCAGAAAAGAAUAGUACCAAUGAUGAUGACUUUAAACCAGUUCAUAUUUUAGAAGACCCAGAUGUAUAUCAUAGUCAUUUACCAUCAGUUACUUUCCGUUUAAAAAAAGAUAAAGUCAAUCGUCAAAUUCUUUUUAAAGUUAUCAAAAAUGAAUCAAAGUGUAUUAUUAAAGAAUGUAAAGCCGCCAGAAUCACCGAUGUUAAAGUAUUUGGUAAAAGAGAUAAUACUUCUGGUUUUGUAGCCACUCCCAACACUCCAAGCACACCAAAUAACUCUAGAGCAGGUACAAUGACCCCAAGCACACCAAUGACACCAUAUGGUGGCUCAAAUCCACAACAACAAGGUACACCAUAUAACCCAACUAGUAAUCCAGCUUCGACCAAUUCACUUUUAUCAACUCCAAACUCUGGUGUUCAAUCAAAUUUAUUAAAAGAUCUUUCAAUGGCAUCCACUUCAUCAACUACUUCAAACGCCAUUUCAAAUCCAUCAUCCUCUUCAAACUCAAUUUCAAAUUCAGCCUCAAACUCCUCACUUUCACUUUUAUCAACACAACAACCAACCAUUAUUGGUGCCGUUAAUGGUGGAAAUCUUAAGACUAUUGAGUUACCAGUUAUCUCGAUUACCAGUGACUCAGUUCUAUUGUCAUGGAAAACCAAUGAUCCAUCAUAUUUAUUAAAUCAUAAAACUAGAAAAGGUGAUAAAAUACUUUUCAAACUUGGUUUCGAUUUAGUUAUUGAUGGUUUCCCAGAUAUUGUUACUAUCUCUAAAGAUAUUGCAAUUAAAAUUAUUUCAUCCGAUUCGAUGGUUACAGUUCCAGAUGGUUCAAAUACAUCAAUGAGUAACCUUUUAGACAAAUUCAAAACUCACUUCAAAGGUGAAACUAUUAUAUCUGAACCAACUAUCCAUGCUGGUUCAGUAUUCAAUGUAAAUUUAACAAAAUCAAGACAAUUAGAGCAUCAAAAUAGAAUUGGUGAAAUGAUCGAUGCCCAUCAAGAGAACAUUUUAAAACUUGGUUAUGCAAUGAAAAUGGAAAAAUUACGUCAAGAAUUAGAUCUUCGUGAAAAACUUACAAAUCUCAAAGAGAAAACUCUUGAUAGCUCUAAUGUAUCAUUAAACGAAAGCACCGAACAAAAUACAAGUACUAUUGAUGUCGAGGAAAUUAUUAAAAAAAUGUUAUUAAUGAAUUCAUCUCAUCAACAUUUUAAUGAAGCCAAUGGUACUACUGUUUCAAGUUCACCAAAGAUUAAUAAAUCAACUUCUACACCUUCAUCAAAUAGAAAGAGAUCAUCAACUAUUGUCGAGGUUAAAGUUAAAGAAGUACCAUCAAGUGCUCUCUUAAAAGAAGAUGAAACUAGUGGAUACCUUAAAAAGAAAUCUGCAUUUAAAGAAGAAUGGAAACCAAGAUGGUUCGUUUUCAAGAAACCAUUCCUUUAUUAUUCACACAGCCAAAAGGAUACACAUAAAUUAAAGAAAAUUGAUCUAACCAAUAGCUCCGUUACUGCCAUUCCCCAAGAAGAAGUACCAUUUGGUUUUGCAAUCAUCCAAUUACGUAGAGUUUGGUUAUUACAAGCUAGCUCAAAUGAAGAGAGAGAAAAAUGGGUAUCAACAUUAGAUCCACUCAAGAAGGUUACUGAAUUAAAAGAUGAAGAAUUAAGAACUGCUAAACAACAAAUUGAAAAAUCAUCAUCGCAAUUAGACCAAAUCAAAUCUCAAUUACAAAGCGGACAACAAAUUGUAUUGGCUAAACAAAAGGAAAUUGAAGAAUUAACAAAUACAAUCUCACAACUACAAUUAGAAAGAGAAGUUAAUAACCAACAGUUUGAUGGUCUUAAAGAUGAAAUCACAAUGCGUGAUGAAGAAAUUCAACAAUACAAGAGCCAACAAACUCAAAAACUUAGUGAACUCUCUGGCCAAGUUAACCAAUUGGAAAUUGAUAGUCAAGAUAAAGAUAUUCAAAUUGGUUCACUCUCAUCAACUUUAGAUAAUACCAAUCAAAUCAUAUCAUUAAUGAGUGAACAAACUAAAUCAUAUAGAAACGUUGCUGGAAUGGAAAUUGACUCCCUUAGAACUGAAACUACUCAGCUCAGAGAAACAACUUUACUCUUGACCAAUCGUCUUAAAGAUUGCAGAACAACAAUUCAAAAUGCCGAAAAAGAUAUUCUCUCUAAAGACAUUGAAAUCCAAGAGCUUAAACUUAAAAUUUCACAAUCUGAAGAAAAGAAUAAUAUCGAUUCAUUAAACCUCAAGAACCUUCAAGAGGAUACCUCAAUGAAACAAGGACAAAUCGAUGUACUUUCCAAAUCUAUUCAACAAUCGAGACAAGCUAUUCAAAAUAUUAAUCAAGUUAAUGAAAAAGAAAUUCAAAAUAAAGAUCAACAAAUUGAUAAUAUUAACAGUGCAUACAAGAGUGAAUCAGAUAAAUUAAAAGAUCAAACAUCACAAUUAAAUCAUUUAACAUCCAAUCUCAGAGUUCAAAUGAAAUCAUUGGAAUCUACCCACCAAAAUCUUAAAGAAACCUCAGCCACCGAUCAAAAAACUUUAUUACUUUUAUUACACGAUAUGGAAGGUGGUCUCACCAAAGCAAGUCAAACUAUUAAUGACCAAGGUGAACAAAUUUUAUUAUUAAAGAAAGAUUUGGAAGAAUCUAAAAAACAAUCUGAACAAAUUAUAUUAUACGAAAAACAAUUAACAAUGAUGAAGGAUCGUCUUAUUCAAUCAGAAAAUCAAUUAAUAGAUAGAGAAUGUGACAAUACUAUACUCUCAGAUAAAUUAAAACUUUGGGAAGAGGAAAUUAAGAUUAAAGACGCCAAAUUAAAUUUACUCGAAAACAAUGUAAAAGAAGUUAGAGCAGAGUAUGCCAACGGUAUGGCCUUCUCCAGAGAGUUCUCAAAUCAUCAUCAAGAGCAUUCAUCAUCAUCCAAUAGUAAAUUCAAUAGACGUUCAAAACAAAUGACAGCAGAAGAACAAAUUGAAACUAUGAGAGAAUCAUCAAUUGCCCAUCAAACUCAUAAUGCAUUCUUAAACCUUCAAAUCCAACGUUUAGAAAGUGAAAUGAGAACUCAAGAAAAAGUUUAUAGCGAAACUAUUCAAAGAAUUAAAAGAGACUUACAACAAAGAAAUCAACAAAAUAUUGUAUUAAUGAAACAACAAGCUGGUGAUGAAGUUGUAAAGAAAUUAGAAGAUACCACCGCAAAUUUAGAAAGUGUCAAAAAUAAAUAUUUUGUUAGUUUGGUAGUAGCUGCUAAACUUCAAAACUCGAUGAUGGGCAAUUAUUGUAAUGUAGAUGCUUAUGAACUUUUAUCCAAAGCAAUGGAACAACAUAUAUUAAACACUGAAGAUUGGCCAAAUUUCGUUUCAGCUCAAAUCAAUGAACAAUCUCAUCAACUCAAUUGA